AUGGUGUUUCGGAGUGAGGAGAUGUGCUUGGCGCAAUUGUUCCUGCAGUCCGGCUCUGAAUAUGACUGCAUUAGUGAGCUGGGGGAGCUGGGGCUGGUCGAGUUUCGAGAUCUCAACCCGAGUGUCAGCUCGUUCCAGCGGCGCUUUGUCAGCGAAAUCAAGAGAUGCGAGGAGAUGGAGAGGAUUCUGGGCUACCUGCUGAGGGAGAUCCAGAAGGCUAAUAUAGCCGUUCCAGAGGAGGAUGAGAGUCCUCUCGCUCCUCCGCCCAGACAAGUCCUCGAGAUCAUGGAGCAGCUCCAGAGGCUGGAGAUGGAGCUCAGCGAGGUGGCGAAGAACAAAGAGAAGCUGCGGAGGAACCUCCUGGAGCUCACCGAAUACACCCACAUGCUGAAGAUCACGCGGACCUUCAUCCACAGCCGCUCCAGGCAUGAGGCUCUUGGUCCCCAGUAUGAAGAAUUCCCCACUAUGGAGACGGACUCGGUCACCGGAUGCACUGGUAUGCAGAGACUCGGAGCCAAGCUGGGAUUUGUUUCAGGCCUCAUCCAGCGGGUGAAGGUGGAGGCCUUCGAGCGCAUGUUGUGGAGAGUGUGUAAAGGUUACACCAUCCUCAGCUACGCAGAAGUGGACGAGAACCUUGCUGAUCUUGACACCGGUGAGAUCAGCAAAAGUGUUGUGUUCCUCAUCUCUUUCUGGGGAGACCAGAUCGGACAGAAAGUUCAAAAAAUCUGCGAUUGUUACCACUGCCACCUUUAUCCGCACCCCGAGAACGACGAGGAGCGAGCAGAUGUGUUGGACAGUUUAAGGACACGAAUCCAGGACCUUAACAAUGUGCUUCAUCGCACCGAGGACUACCUGAGGCAGGUCCUGCAGAAGGCCUCCGAGUCGGCCUACACCUGGGUGGUGCAGGUGAAAAAGAUGAAGGCUAUCUAUCACAUCCUCAACCUCUGCAGCUUUGAUGUCACCAACAAGUGUCUGAUUGCUGAGGUGUGGUGUCCGGUGAGCGACCUGGCAAACCUGAGAGGGGCGCUGGAAGAAGGCUCGAGAAAAGGUGACGCCACCGUGCCCUCCUUUGUGAACCGCAUCCCAAGCACUGACACUCCACCUACGCUGCUAAGAACCAACAAGUUCACAUCUGGUUUUCAGAGUAUUGUGGAGGCUUACGGGGUGGGGGACUAUCGCGAGGUAAGCCCAGCUCCCUACACCAUCAUCACGUUCCCCUUCCUCUUUGCCGUGAUGUUCGGCGACCUCGGCCACGGCACGGUAAUGAGUCUCUUCGCCCUGUGGAUGGUGCUGACGGAAAAAAAGCAGAAGAAGAAACGUUCCAGUAAUGAGAUAUGGACGACAUUUUUCAACGGGCGCUACAUCAUCCUGAUGAUGGGGCUCUUUUCUGUCUACACCGGACUCAUUUACAACGACUGCUUCUCCAAGUCUCUCAAUAUAUUCGGCUCUGGCUGGAGCGUCAAAGCUAUGUUCACAAACCAGCAGUGGACAAACAAAACACUCCAAACAAACGCUUUGCUCACGUUAGACCCGAACGUCAGCGGCGUUUUCAGCGGACCAUACCCGUUUGGCAUCGAUCCGAUAUGGAACAUGGCAGUGAACCGGCUGUCCUUCCUCAACUCUUACAAGAUGAAGAUGUCGGUUGUCAUCGGGGUCAUCCACAUGAGCUUCGGAGUGGUGCUGAGCGUCUUCAACCACUUGCACUUCCGACAGAAAUUCAACGUCUAUCUGCUGUUUCUUCCCGAGCUGCUCUUCCUGCUUUGUCUCUUCGGCUACCUGGUCUUCAUGAUUUUCUACAAGUGGUUGGCAUUCGGAGCACGAGACUCCAGCCAGGCUCCCAGCAUCCUCAUCCACUUCAUCAACAUGUUUGUCAUGCAGGGGAAGGACAUCACUCCUCUCUACCCGGGACAGAUGGGGCUGCAGAUUUUCCUCGUCGUGAUAGCUCUGCUGUCGGUUCCCGUUCUGCUGUUAGGAAAACCUCUGUACUUGUAUUGGCUGUACCGUGGAGGCAAAGGCCUGCGCAGACGUAGAGGUUAUGAGAGGGUGAGGCGCGUAAGCGAGGAUGACAACUCCACAGCUCCGUCCUAUGAGGAUGACGAGGAGGAAGGACUUGAUGAGGUGACAAACAGAGAAGCUCUUCCCAAAGAGUUUGACUUUGCGGAUGUGCUCCUGCACCAGGCCAUUCACACCAUAGAGUACUGCCUGGGCUGCAUUUCCAACACUGCGUCCUACCUGCGUCUCUGGGCGCUCAGCUUGGCUCACGCCCAGCUCUCGGAGGUGCUGUGGGCCAUGGUGAUGCGCCUGGGUCUCAGGGUCACCACAAAAGUCGGAGUCGUGUUUUUGGUCCCCGUGUUCGGCCUCUUCGCCACGCUCACCGUCUCCAUCCUGCUAGUCAUGGAGGGCCUGUCGGCGUUCCUGCACGCUCUCCGACUGCACUGGGUGGAGUUUCAGAACAAAUUCUACCACGGAACUGGUGUCAAGUUCGUGCCCUUCGACUUCUCCCUGCUGCCCUCCGUUUUCGAGCAAGACGGCUUGCUUUAAAAACCUCCGAAGGACCCGAUGCGACGCGAGCGGAUGCAGACUUUACAAUUGGGAAGGACGCUGGAAAGGUGGAACAAUUCACACUGUGAUUACGACAACAAACCUUCAAGACAAUGAAUUUGAAACUCAUUCUUGUAGCAACGUUUUUUCACCACGACGAUUUUUAAACGUUCUCGGCUGUGCUGACUGCCUUACUCCUGUAACCCAGCAAACCUCCCGACACACGGAGGCUCAAAAUCCUGUUGAUUAUUUGAUUUUGUCGGUGCGAUGUUGCUCAGCACUACUCGUCACACCAGUUGGGUGAAUUCAGAUUUGCAUUGUGCUGUGUAAACUGUUUUUUUGGUAUUAUUUACAAUAUGGUAUUUAAACAGUUAUACAGUGCAAUGUAAAGUCUGUGAAAACAAUAUAUUUCCAAACCAUAUCACGCAUCCUGAUGUAGUGCCAUAGAGAUUUAUUUCUGAUGAUGAUGAUAUGGGGAUGCCUUGGGUUUUUUUUUUUUUGAACUGCUCCUCCAUGUGAUGAAAGAAAAAGCUGCAGGCAUCGAGAUCUAAAGACAGAUUCAAACGUUACAACUCCCCCUUUUUCUCGUGAGGCAUAUUGUCACAAAGCACUUUGCAGAAAUGAUUGUACAAUUUAAAAGUUUUCACUAAUGACUGUGAUGAUGCCAAAUGAAAAUAAUCAACUGUUUGCUGUUUGCUUAUUUACUUAUUAAUGCAUUUAUUUAACCUCCCCUGUAAUCGCUAGAACAACGACGAAUACGCCAGAACAAGUCAAGAAGCCUUAGGUGUUCCUUUGACGAUACUGCUUAUUGCGUUUGUUAAACGAUAAUUAAUCACGGUAUUUAUUUAAAUUAUUACUGUCUGUACAAGAGUCGAAUAUUUUA